CUAUAUCCAAAUUCUGUAUUUUUACAAAUAUACUUAAAAUGUACGGUAGAUGUCGUUACGUGGACAACAUUUACAUAUUUUGAUCACAAAAUCCAUAAAUAAUCAUAACCUAAUUUCUGUCAAAAUUUAAAUACAACUUUAUUAAAAUAAAUCAUAGCUGUUUUUGCAUUUAAAUGAAUAAUUAAAAGUAGGGUAAGUUAAUUUUCAACAGGAUAGCCAGAUUUAAUUCAUAAUAAUGAACAAUUACUAGAGAAAAAUCGAUAAUACGUACCCCAUCAUGUCACUGGUAAACAACAUCGUUACAGAAAACGGUGAGCAGUUCAUACCGGCCUCUCAAAGGCCGGACGGCACUUGGAGGAAGGCCAGAAGAGUCAAAGACGGGUACGUACCUCAAGAAGAGGUCCCUUUAUAUGAAAGCAAGGGCAAACAAAUUUUGAAUAGGAAAAAUGACCCUGUAGUUCUUGCUACUGGGCAAGUUGCCAAGAAAGCCCCGAUUCCCGGGCUCUAUAUCGUUGAAGAUGAAUCAGAGAAAAAGAAAAAGGGUAAAAAGAAAUCUGAAGAUUUUGAGAAACAGCUAGCAAACUUGAAGCUCAUAGAUGCCCCGAAGAAAAAAGAACCCAAGUUGGCCAAAAAUGAAAACAAAACUGCUCAAGAGCCACAGGAAUCGACUGAUCCCCAAAAAAAAUUGAAGAACCUGAAGAAGAGGCUCAGAGAAGUGGAGUCAUUGGAAGAAAAAAUAAAAAAUGGGACAUUGGCUAAGCCUGAGCCAGAACAAUUAGCAAAAGUGAAGAGAAAAAAUGACUUGAUUGUUCAAAUCCACGAUUUGGAAAAACUUAUGCAAUAACUGAUGUUUAGGGUCUGAAUUGUUACCAAGUUUUUUGCAAUAGCUGUUUGAAAUUAAUUAUGAUCAAUAGGAAUUGAACAUUUUCUAGAUACUUAUACUUUUUUUUUAUUGUUUUAAGUUUCCGAUUACUGUUUGACUUUUUUGUUUUAACUUUCAGAUUUUUAUGAUAUUGAGUGAAUUUCCACAAGUAUAAUUUUGAUGUAUCUUUUUUAAUAAAUUAUAUAGAUAUU